CAACAAAACAAGAUUCAAUUAUCAAAAGAAAUUUAAGAAUGACAAAUAAAUAUUUUUGUUUACUAGUGUUCAUUCUCUUGGCUUCCGAUGAAGUUGUUGCCAAGAGACACUCUUCAACACCUAAAUUAAGAAAAAUUGAAUUCCCAGAAGAUUUCAUUUUCGGAGCUGCCACCUCUGCGUACCAGGUCGAAGGAGCUGCUCAUGAAGAUGGUAGAGGACCUACUAUAUGGGAUACAUUCUCUGAAAAAUACCCAGAAAAGAUAAAAGAUGGUAGCAACGGAUCUAUUGCAGAUGACUCUUACCAUCUUUAUAAGGAAGAUGUGGGUUUAUUGCAUCAAAUUGGGUUCAAUGCCUAUAGAUUCUCCAUCUCGUGGUCGCGGAUUUUGCCUCGUGGGAAUCUCAAAGGAGGAAUCAACCAAGCUGGUAUUGAGUAUUACAACAACUUGAUCAAUGAGCUUUUAUCCAAAGGAAUUAAGCCUUUCGCCACCAUUUUCCAUUGGGACACACCACAAGACCUUGAAGAUGCUUACGGAGGAUUCCGUGGGGCUGAAAUUGUGAAUGAUUUCCGCGAUUAUGCGGAUAUUUGUUUCAAGAAUUUUGGAGAUCGAGUGAAACAUUGGAUGACAUUGAACGAGCCAUUAACAGUGGUGCAACAAGGAUAUGUUGCUGGUGUUAUGGCUCCAGGAAGGUGUUCAAAAUUUACAAACCCUAAUUGCACAGCCGGAAAUGGAGCCACCGAGCCUUAUAUUGUUGGUCACAACCUCAUCCUUGCUCACGGAGAAGCAGUCAAAGUCUAUAGAAAAAAAUAUAAGGCUUCGCAAAAAGGUCAAGUCGGUAUUGCUUUGAAUGCAGGUUGGAACUUACCUUAUACAGAAUCAUCUGAGGAUAGGUUAGCCGCGGCACGAGCCAUGGCUUUCACAUUCGACUAUUUCAUGGAGCCGCUCGUGACCGGUAAAUACCCGAUUGACAUGGUUAACAACGUAAAAGGCGGUCGCUUACCUACAUUUACUGCAAAACAAUCUAAGAUGCUUAAGGGAUCAUAUGAUUUCAUUGGCAUCAAUUAUUACUCGUCUUCUUAUGCAAAAGAUGUUCCUUGCUCAAGCGAAAACGUUACAAUGUUCUCUGAUCCUUGUGCUAGCAUCAUAGGGGAAAGAGAAGGAGUUCCCAUCGGUCCAAAGGCUGCAUCAGAUUGGCUUUUGAUAUAUCCAAAGGGAAUUCGUGAUCUUAUCCUCUAUGCAAAAUACAAGUUCAAAGACCCUGUCAUGUACAUAACCGAAAAUGGGAGAGACGAGGCUAGUACUGGUAAAAUCUUACUUAAAGAUGGUGAUAGGAUCGACUACUACGCUCGACAUCUCAAGAUGGUUCAAGACGCUAUCUCGAUUGGAGCCAACGUAAAGGGAUUUUUUGCAUGGUCUUUGCUAGAUAACUUUGAAUGGGCAUCGGGAUACACGCCUUUGUUUUGUUAUAUUGAUUUGGCUGUUAUGUCCAACGAUCUCUUGCCUCAGCCUUGUAUGCAAAUGGGUCAAUUCAUUAAUGUUGAUACUACUCCAGACUUGAUUUCUAAUCAGGAAUUGAGAUUGUCACAACCCAUCUGUAGUCAGAUCUCUGGGAGGCAGGAUUUUCAUGUAAUGGUACCUAGUGCUGUUGGCUUAGGAUCAGUUAAUAUGGAUACAAAUCUGUUACCCGGUAAGCGGAAAUCUCUGUUGCAGCAAUCUGUGAAAAAUAAACGGAUGGUGCUACCUAUGGAAGGUCAACCAUGGGUGUCUGCUCCAAUGCCAAUGCAGUUAUCUUCUGUUUCCCCCAGAACACAGUAUUUGCCUGCAUCAUUUGUUAGUAAAAAUAGUUCUGUUUCUUGUAAUAAACCUGCGGCGAGAAAAAAGACUUUGCAGAAACCAAUGCCGCUGAAACCUCAGAGUGAAUCAUCUGGGUCUGUUAGGUUUAAAAUGAGAGAAUCUUUAGCUGGUGCAUUGGCAAUGGUACAGUGUGAUAUGGAAGUUCCUAAAGAGUCGAAAAGUUUAGAUAGUGAGACUGCAGCUAAUCCUCUCGAAGGUUAUGUUAGUGAGCCAGUGUCAGCUGCUUCUGGAGUUGAUGUUAUGGUAUCUAAUGGGAGCACAGAGAUUCUGACCCUCAGUGAUCCUUGUCCUGUAGGAGGUAUCUCUGCUCAGACAGUGUUACCGGAGGUUUUGACUAUCACCAAGACAAGUGAUGCCCAAGAAAUUCUUGCACAAGUUCCUGAGGCUUUAAAACCGUUUGUGCAAGACAAUGUUUCAUAUAGUGACAAUGUGUUUUCAAAAGAUGAUCUUUUGCAAGGGAAUGACCUCUCGUGGGCUCUUGAGUCGGAUAUUGAUUUUACUGUCAAUUGUCAAAAUGAUAUGAUUGGAGCAAUGGCUAAUGAUGGGAGCCAGGAGAAAUUGUUAAUGGAUCCACAAGUUUUGGCAUUUGAAAUAGAGGCAGAACUGUUUAAGUUAUUUGGUGGUGUGAAUAAGAAAUAUAAAGAGAAAGGAAGGUCUCUCUUGUUCAAUUUGAAAGACAAGAGUAAUCCUAAACUCAGGGAAAAGGUUAUGUAUGGAGAAAUUGCAGCAGAGCGAUUGUGUUCCAUGUCAGCAGAAGAACUUGCUUCAAAGGAACUAGCCGAGUGGCGACAAGCAAAAGCAGAAGAGAUGGCUCAGAUGGUUGUUCUGCAGGACACAGAGGUGGAUAUCAGAAGCCUGGUAAGGAAAACACACAAAGGAGAGUUCCAAGUGGAAGUUGAACCAAUGGAUAGUGGCUCAGUAGAGGUCUCUGUUGGAAUGAGUUCGCUUGACUGGUCUCGACCAAAGAAUAUUAAGAAGAAAACCUCUUCCAUCACUAAAACAUUUGGAAUCAAGAACGAAUUGAAAGGCUCUGAUGAGGACAUUGGCCAAAGAAACGGAGUCACAAUAGAUGAUGAGAUGCAGGCUGCCACUGGAUCUCUUCCUCCAAUUGUCUCUCUUGAUGAAUUCAUGUCAUCCAUAGAUUCUGGAUCUCCAUCUGACUCUUCAUCUUCAGAUACUGAGAAAAAAACUUCUAUUUCAGAUAAUAAUGAUGCAGAGGCGGUUUUAGUCUCUACAUCACCCAAAGAAAGUGCUAACAUUGAUCUUAGUAAAUCACCAGUUAAGGCUGAGGCAUUGUCACCACUUAAGGCUGAGACAUUGUCACCACUUAAGGCUGAGGAUGGUGACAUAGUAUCAUCAAAUUUGAAAUCUGAAAUUACAUCUGGUUUCAUACCUGAUGGUGAACGUGUAUGGGAAGGUACGCUCCAGCUGAGUGCUUCUUCUGUGAGCUCUGUCAUCGGCAUUCUAAGCAGUGGCGAAAAGACUACUACAAAAGAGUGGCCUAUGUUGCUUGAGAUUAAGGGUAGAGUCAGAUUAGAUGCAUUUGAGAAGUUUGUUCGAGAGCUCCCAAACUCCAGGAGUCGUGCUGUAAUGGUAAUGCCUUUCAUCUGCAGAGAAGAGUGCUCAAAGACUGAACAGGAGAUCAUUUCCGAGGUGGUGGAUUCGUACGCUAAAGAUGAGAGAGUGGGCUACGCAGAACCGGCUUCAGGAGUUGAGCUUUACCUAUGCCCAACCCGAGGCAGAACCGCGGAGAUUCUAAACAAGAUUGUUCCAAGAAACCAACUCGAUUUCUUGAAAUCUUUAAAUGAUGAUGGUCUUAUAGGUGUUGUUGUAUGGAGAAGACCACAAUUUAAAAAGCCACCACUAUCUAACAACUCUCACAAGAACCACCGCCAAAAUGGUUCAUCACUUAAUACAUCUCGUUACAGUAACAUGCUACAGGUCCACCAUGAUGAUGGUGAUGAUGUGCCACCGGGGUUUGGUCCAAUGACCAUGGCUCGGGAUGAUGAUGAUGAUGACUUGCCUGAAUUUAACUAUUUUUCCCGUGGAGAUGUUGUCAUGAACCGUACGAGCCGGUCUGUAUCUGUAAGAGAGCUAAUUCAAAAAUAUGGAAAAUCUGAACCUUUGUGGAACCAAAGUUAUAAUGAUAAUGACAAUGAUAUACUACCAGAGUGGCAGCCUCAACCGAACCAGUCUCUUGGGGUUAAUCAUGUAAAUGGUGGCUCAAUGGUUAGACCACAUAGUGAGUGGUGGCCUCAUCAAGAUGGUGGAGGAAGAUUUUAAUUUCCUUUUGUUUCAUCUUAGCAAUUUUGUUUUUGUUGUUCUGUCUCUAUAGUUUGCAAUAUGCAUUAACAUAAAUGCUUUUCAAAAUU